AUGCUAAUAGCUACCGUAUUCCUUUGUUUCCUCUGCGCCGUCAGAUGCGAUCUCUUAUCUCAGGCCCCAGCCGAUGAGGUGCUUUUGAAGGAAGACGAGACCAAAUGGCGCCAGGAGGCGAUCACAAAACUGUGGGAAGAGCGCGCAAAGAUCGGGCACACACCGCUCAUCGAAUUCCCGGUGGCCGGAUUGCCGAGGCUGCGGCUGUUCAUAAAGAAUGAGACGGCGACGGCGACCCGUUCACUCAAGCAUCGCUUCGUUUGGGCAUUGGCCAUGUGGGCUGUUGUCGAUGGCAAGGUCAACUCCAAUUCCACGGCGUACGACUCGACGUCGGGCAACACCGGGGCCAGCGAGGCGUAUAUGUUCACGGCCAUCGGUGUUCCCUACAUUGCUGUGGUGGCCACCGACCUCGAGCAGGCCAAAAUCGACAACAUUGAAAAGCAUGGGGGAAAGAUCAUGAAGGUCGACGUGUCGUUGCGGAAUUUCCACGCUAAAGACGAGGCCGAGAAGAACAAUGGUUUCUUCAUCAACCAAUUCGGGAACGCCGAGCAGGCCGAGGAGUAUUUUGAGAGCGGAAACUACACGUACGAGAGCUCGAAUGUUUUCCACGAGAUCCUCGCCCAGCUACGCGACGAUCCGCAGGUGAAGAGGGCUACGGUGGACUACUUUGUACACUCGGCGGGCACAGGCGGGACCAUUUCAUCGGUCGGCCGCUAUGUGGACCGCUACAAUAUACCCACAAAAGUCGUCCUGGCCGAUUCUGAAUUCUCGCUUUUCUACGACUACGUCAUCCACGACAGCUUCAAAAACGAGUCCGGGACCAAGCUUUGGCGAAAGCCAGGCGUCGCCGGGAUCGGCUACGGCUACGACGUCGAGCCAGUGAUUUUCGGGCAAACUACUAGCCUCGUGCGGUCGGUGAUCGACGAAGCUGUCAAGAUGCCGGAUAUCGCGACGGCGGCCGCGUUGCGGGAAUUGAACGCCCGUGGGAUGGACGGUGGCCCGAGCAGCGCGCUAAACAUCCUCGUAUCCCUCCACAUGGCGCUCCAAGACCCAAAAGAAGAGCUCCAAAUAGUGACUCUAAUGAACGACCCGGCAGAGUUUUACCAGAAAAACUACUUCAACGACGAGUGGAUUGAGAAGGUUUUCGAGGAUCGCGGCGGAAUGAAAGCGCUAGAGUGUUGGCGCCAAGAAAUCGCAUCCACCCUCGACAAGGGCACCAAUUUCCUGGAGAGCGGCCUAAAAAAUUGUGCGGCACCUCCGAAAAUGCGGGUU